CGCCACCCCACCUAAAAUUUAUUAUCUGGUGAAGAUAAGAUCGAAAAUUUACAUAUACUCACUCUGUGAUUUCAUACUUUCCCUCUGCUCUUGGGCUAUCGCGAAAACAUACAGACUAGAUAUAAAAUGACUUCUACUGCAGUUGACCACCCUGAGGGAGUGGAUGAAACCAUCCUGACUCUUCGCAAAGUUCUCGUCAAUGAGUCCGAGCCGCUUGCCCGCCGAUUCCGCGCCCUGUUCUCCCUGAAGUACAUUGCUUGUUUGCAACCGCCCACCGAGAAGACAUUGCCUGCAAUCCAGGCCAUCGCAGCGGGGUUUACGUCGUCCUCGGCUUUGCUGAAGCAUGAGCUCGCAUACUGCUUGGGCCAGACUCGUAAUCCAGAUGCAGUCUCGUAUUUGCUGGAAGUGGUGAAGAACACGGAACAAGAUGCAAUGUGUCGCCAUGAAGCCGCGGAGGGUCUCGGUGCUCUGGGAUUUGACACUAGUCUGGGUGUCCUGAAAGCUUUGCGGGAUGAUGAGAAAGAAGAGGAUGUUAUUAGAGAGACAUGUGACAUCGCCGUCGACAGAAUUCUCUGGGAGAAUUCGGAAGAAAGGAAGAGCGAGAAACUGAAGCCUAGUGAUUUUACCUCGAUUGACCCAGCCCCACCACUCCCAAUGGCGUCCAGCCAGCCUUCUAUUUCCGACUUGGAAAAAACAUUGCUCAACACAAAGCUCCCUUUGUUCCAAAGAUACCGCGCUAUGUUUGCCCUGCGCGACCUUGCCUCGCCCCCUGAUCUUCCAACAGCUGUCGAAGCUGUCGAAGCGUUAGCUAAAGGACUCAAGGACCCGUCUGCUCUCUUCCGCCAUGAAGUUGCCUUUGUGUUCGGUCAGCUCUGCCACCCGGCGUCUGUUCCUAGUCUCACAGAAACCCUCAGUGAUCAGAAAGAAAUGGGUAUGGUACGACACGAGGCUGCUGAGGCUCUUGGUAGCUUGGGUGAUGUUGAAGGUGUGGAGGACACCCUAAAGAAGUUCUUGCACGACCCAGAGCAGGUGGUGAGAGACAGCAUUAUUGUGGCUCUAGAUAUGGCGGAGUAUGAGAAGAACGGGGAGAUGGAGUAUGCGUUGGUACCGGAUUCAGCAGCCCCGGCCGCUGUAUCUGCUGCUUGAUGAAUUUCCGUAAACUAAAAAAGAUUACAGUGGCUUAAUUGAUACUCGCUUCAUAGAUGUACAGCCGCGAACCCAAAAUAGAAGUCCUUUCUGAUGUUUAGUUGUUUUGUGUCUCCUUGUAACCGCAAACGCAAGUGUAAAAGACCGUGCUUCCUUCGUCUGCACUGCGCAAUUGCACAGUUGUGAAAUACAUCUCUUUCCUACCACAUCUCGCACAAGUAUGUUGUGUAAGAGCUUCUGUCCUUUUAUCUGCAGCUGUCAAGUUCUGGACUGCAGAUCUUUUUGCCCUCAGUGUCGAAGGGAAUGCACUCGCUUUGGAUUCAGAGACGAUAGUUUUAGGGACAAUGUCUCGAUUACGAGCUCCGCAGAUACUGCAGACAAUGAGUUUUGUAGGGUCACCAGACGACUCAUCUAAUAAAUUUCCACAGUCAUUGCAGAAAAUUAAGGACCCAAUCGCAGACAUCUUGACAAGUGGUGGCUUGAAUAAACUUGUAGUUGUAAGAGGUAUCUGGAGCGAUUAGUUAGUAC